UCUCCUGGUGGACAUCAGAUCCUGCAGAGCCCUUACCGAAGCGUCGAUUUUGAUUCAUCCCACCUCCAGCAAUCAGCUAUUCAGGAUUUAAUAUGUGACCAUUCCCUAACACCAGGAUGGUAUCGCUUUAUGAUUUUUGAUAAGCCUGCUGAGAUGCCGACCAAGUGCGUGGAGCUGAAUCGCUGUGGUACUCAAGCCCCUGUCUGGUUGUCUCUGAGGGAGUCAGAAUCCAUGCCUCGACCCGGUGGGAUCAAACAGUUAACAGCUUGUGCUACAUGGCAGUUUUUCUUCAGCGCUUCAAAAGACUGCUGUCUUUUCCGAAUCCCUGUCAGUGUGAGGAACUGCGGAGAUUUCUUUGUUUACUUACUGCAGCCCACCCAAGGAUGCAUGGGGUAUUGUGCAGAAGUUGUUUCAGAUGCAAAGCCACAGACCUGUGAUCCUGAAGGAAUGGAUAUUCAAGGCGUCUGUAGCAGUAACCUGGCUCCUUCAUCACCUCCAUCUGUGUCACCACCACUACCAGCCAUUCCUGAAGUUGUAGCAGAGUUGAUCAAAGGCAGCGUUUACCUAAGAUGUACCUUUGGCGUCCCUUUUGCAAACAGCUCGGUCGGAUUCAUUGUAACUUGGUCAAGACUUUCUCCUGAAGGUAUCAAAGAGGAACUGAAACAUGAAACAGCAGUUCAUACGUUCUCACUUCUAGAACUAGAUGGGAUAAACGUCAGACUUGGAGACAGAGUCUACUGUAGCAGUUCUGCUUUUUUCAUGGAGAAGCCAGAUAUACAAAGCUCUUCUGUUGAGAGCAAGGAAUUUUUUGCUGGCAUUAAGAUACAUCCAGAAACACAUGAUAUAUCAGAAGACGGGAAGGAAUACAGGCUGGCCAUAGAAAGUAGCAUUCCUAUUCCUUGUCCAGAGUUUAGCCAGCUUGAAAGUGACUGCAAACUCACACUAUCAUUAAAUACUGUUGAUGAAGGUAAAGAGCAGUUAGGUUUAAACUUGGCUCUUUCUUCUUGUCAUGUGGAUCUUCUCCAGAAGCCCUGCAAAAACGGAAUCUGUAGUCAAGCUGUAAUUUAUUUCACUGCUGUGACAGACUUUAUGCAGGAUGGAGACAGAAUUACCGGAAUUGCAGUCGAACCUAUAUCCAGUGAGAAUUUCCUGUGGAAUGGCUAUGUUCCAGAAAGCACACAGAUUACAGUAAAGGAUCUACCCACUGCCUACUGCUACUCAUUUACUGACCCUCAUAUAAUUACAUUUGAUGGAAGACUCUAUGACAAUUUUAAAACCGGAACAUUUGUUCUCUAUAAGAGCACAUCUCGAGAUUUUGAAGUUCAUGUUCGCCAGUGGGACUGUGGAAGUCUUCACUACCCAGCAUCCUGUAACUGUGGCUUUGUUGCCAAAGAAGGAAGCGAUAUAAUUGCAUUUGACAUGUGCAGUGGUCAGCUACGUGAAUCCCAGCCACAUUUAUCCAUAAUAAAUAGAGACACAACAGGAAGCAAUGUCAGAAUCACUGAAUCCUACCUGGGAAGAAAAGUAACAGUUUUGUUUUCUUCUGGAGCUUUUGUUCGUGCUGAUGUGAGUGAAUGGGGAAUGAGCAUAACCCUUAGGGCACCCAGUUCAGAUUACAGACAUACCAUGGGACUCUGUGGCACCUUCGACGGAAGUGCGGAGAAUGACUAUCACACCGCAAGUGGGGUGCAAAUCCCAAACCAUGCUAAUGUUCCUUUUUCUUUUAUUAAGGAAUGGAGAAUUUCACCGGGAGAUAGCUUGUUUGACAAGACACCUGCUUCUUUAACACCUUCUAGAAAAAUAGUCUUCUGUGACUGCACACUUGAAGAUACUGGAUUAUAUCAAUCAGUGAAUAACCUAGAGACAGGUUCUCAUUCAGAACUUCCUCUGUCUUGUAAAGAAAGUGAAAAUGGUAGAUUUCUUUCUUUGAUACCAGACCUGGACGUCACUGCUGAGUAUCUCGGCCCUGUUGAUCUUGUCAGAGGCUUAAAGAAACGUUCGUCUGCACAUGAAAUGGAUUCAUCUACACUUCUGCAGAGGGAGGAUAACCAAACCAAACUUCACAAAUCAUCACUAGUAAACACACGGGUCUCUGCAACCUCAGUGGAAAAUACUGGUGUAGAAAGAGAAAGAACCUCAAGCUCAGGCAUUAAAAGAAACUCUCACCAUUACAGUAGUCGUCUUCACGAAAGUCAGUCUGUUGCAAGUAGGGGGAAGCGCCAAAAUUAUUAUGAAUACCAUCCGGCAUUUCUAUUCCAAAGUCUUAGCCAAACAGACUUAGAGGGAUACAGUUAUUUUUUCCCAGAGGACCACGCUACUGACACAGAUGAAAAGUUUCUUCCCUCGUGGCCCACACCUUCUGGCCUCACUGAGUCUAGUGCUUUGUUACUAUGCCAGCAGGCGAUAGCUAAUUCCAGUAUAGGAAGAUCCUGUGGUGGCCUUCUUGGCCGGCGAAUAGAGGAUGCAAUCAAUAUGUGUGUUAAAGAUCUGCUGCUGAAAGAUGACCUCAGUUGGGCAGAAGCUUCCUUGGCUCUUCUAGAGAAUGAAUGUGAGAAAAGAGUUUUAGAAGAAAUUAAUUUCAACCACCAGGAACUUGAAGGGUCGAUUGAGAGCCUGCUUAUUGCAUUGAAGUGUCCCAGUCUCUGCAGUGGUAAUGGGGAAUGUACAGAAUGGGGCUGUGCAUGUUUUCAAGGCUAUAGCUCAUAUGACUGCAGCAUACUGUCUGACCAAGCUCCAGAAAUUACAGAGCUGGAGAAUGCUGGGCUGUGCGAUAUUCGACAGUAUGACUGCACAUCAGUGAGAGCUUUUGGACAUGGCUUCAGGGAGUCAUUGAAUCUGAAAUGUGAAAUUGUCAAAUUACAGUAUAAUGAUAGACAGUGGAUUCCCGGAGAACCUCUAACUAUGCCAGCUACCUUCCAAAAUGCCAGGACUGUCGACUGCCAGUUACCAAAUGAUGGCCAUCACUCUGAUGUUGUGGAUCUGGUUGAUGAUAAACCCAUUGCCAGGUGGCAAAUAAAGAUUUCUAAUGAUGGAUUCAUUUAUAGCAACUCUAAAACAAUGGUAUUAUAUGAUGGAGCCUGUCAGACAUGUGAACCGCAAGAAUCUGGGUUAUGUACAUUAAAGGAGAAAACAUGCAACAUAGAUGGACUCUGUUUUGGUGAAGGUGACGCAAAUCCAACCAGCCCUUGCUUACUCUGCAGACCUGACAUAUCAAAGUUAACUUGGUCCGUUGUUGAAAACAACCAGCCUCCAGUGCUUGAAACUUUUCAGAGUAUGCUACAGACUUUUUAUGGAGAAGAUUUUGUAUAUCAGUUUUUGGCUUCAGAUCCAGAGGGCUCUGCUGUUCAUUUCACGUUGGAUUCUGGUCCAGAAGGUGCCAGUCUUUCCCCAUCAGGUCUCCUUCUGUGGAAAGCUGUGUCAAUGAAUCUCCAUAAAUUAACAUUUUCUUUGACAGAUGACUGCAAUGCAAAGACUAAAGUAGAAGUAGAGGUCAGUGUAAAAUCGUGUGAUUGCCUAAAUAAUGGCUCAUGUGUGACAAACAUUAAUUUCCCACCUGGAAGUGGAAGAUAUCUUUGUGUGUGUGUGGCUGGAUUUGAAGGUGAUCUCUGUCAAGUGAAUACUGAUGACUGUAAACUUAACCAGUGUGGUAUUGGCAGAUGUGUGGAUGGAAUAAACAGCUAUUACUGUGACUGUCCACCUGAACUUCAAGGUAAAAAUUGUCAAGAUGAUGUAGAUGAAUGUGUAUCCAGUCCUUGCUUCCCUGGAGUAUUUUGCUUUAAUACUUUCAGUUCUUACUAUUGUGGUCCAUGCCCAAACAAUCUGCGAGGAGAUGGGAAGUCAUGCUACGAAAGCUUUGAAGAUGCUAAUGUUGAAAGAAAAGAUUCCACGGGAGAAAUUGAAGGGAAUAAAGGUUAUCAACGAUCAUCCUUUGAGAAGGUUUUAAGCAUCUCACGCUAUAUUCCCAGUUCUACAGAUGUCCCCGAGAGAUUUAUUUCUACAGAAAUGGUCAGUAGCAGCACUCUGCCAGCCUCCACAGUAAAACCAAUCACUGCUUGGAGGUCACUUAAUUCUCAGAGAAGUGCUUCUGUAAAACCUGCUGUUACUGGAAACAUUGCUCAUGCUCUCAGCACCACCAGUAGUCACCUUGCUAACAUGGAAGAGAGUUCUUCAGUACGUGCUGUGAUGACUGCAUCUUCAAGGAGCCAUGCUGUAUUGCCUGAGAAGAAAACAAGGGCACAAGGUGAGGCCUACAGCUAUUCUGAGGCCAGCAGGAAGACUUCUCCUAGCAGCAGAACAAAUACAAGCAAAGGGCUUUCCUUGCCAAGCAAGGUAUUCAAAGGUGGAAAUGCUCACCUAUUAGCCAAGCAUAAAGCAAGUCCUUUACCUUUUGUCCUUGUUGAAGUCACUGUCCCACCAAAAGUGCUUCCAAAAGAACUGAGUGAAGUAGUGAUUCCUAAAGCAGUGACCUGUACCGAUCUACCCUGUUUUCCUGGCGUCCCUUGUGAGCCAAGUCAGGAUGGAAGCGUCAAGUGUGGUCGUUGUCCUUACGGUUAUUAUGGAGAUGGCUUCACUUGCAGAGCAAGAUGUAGACAAACAUGUGGCAAAAAUAUGGAGUGUGUGGCACCCAACAUUUGCAAAUGCAAGCCUGGUUAUGCUGGUUAUAACUGUCAGGCUGCUCUAUGCAGACCUGAUUGCAAAAACCAUGGGAAGUGCAUUAAACCCAAUGUCUGUGAAUGUCUACCAGGAUACAGUGGCUCUGCUUGUGAGGAAGCACAUUGUAAACCACCUUGUCAAAAUGGAGGCACGUGCUUGGCCAGAAAUCUCUGUACCUGUCCGUAUGGUUUUGUGGGACCAAGGUGUGACACAAUGGUUUGCAACAGACACUGUGAAAAUGGUGGUGAAUGUCUUACUCCAGACAUCUGCCAGUGUAAACCUGGGUGGUACGGACCUACAUGCAGUACAGCAAUGUGUGACCCUGUGUGCCUCAAUGGUGGUUCCUGUACUAAGCCAGGUGUUUGCGUCUGUCCACAUGGAUUCUUUGGUGCCCAAUGUCAGAAUGCUGUCUGCAGCCCACCUUGUAAGAACGGUGGUCACUGCAUGAGAAAUAAUGUCUGUACUUGUCCUGAUGGGUACACAGGCAGAAGAUGUGAAAAAAGUGUUUGUGAGCCAAGGUGCAUGAAUGGAGGAAGGUGCGUAGGGCCAAAUGUUUGCUCUUGUCCCUCAGGAUGGAGAGGAAAAAGGUGUAACACUCCAAUCUGUCUUCAGGAAUGUAAGAACGGUGGGGAGUGUAUUGGCCCGAGUACGUGUCAUUGUCCUCCGCAGUGGGAAGGAAUCCAGUGUCAAACACCUGUGUGCAACCAGAAGUGUCUGUUUGGAGGCAGGUGUGUAUUGCCUAACGUAUGCUCUUGUCGUCCUGGUUAUACGGGAGUCCUCUGUGGGAAGAAAAUUCAGGUACAAAGGCCUCAUGGUUGA